GAUCGAGGGCGAAAAAGCAGAGCUGUUCCGUGUUUUCUGCAGAAGGCGAGAGUCCAUUGUAGUCUAUUACUCGUCGAGAGGGACAUGUUCAUGUUAUUCUUAUAACAAACACCCAAAACGCACUGUUUUGAUUACAAGUGGCAUCUAAUCCUUAAAAGAGCGAGCACCACCUAUAGGAGAUCGAAAGUGGCUUUUUCAUGGCUUUGUAUGCGGAUGCAACAAUAUGCGGAUGGUUUUUACAGCAUCUGGUACAACAUCUCUGUUCACAUGCGGCAUUUUAAAAGGGAUAGAUAGACAGGAGAUGCCAAACGUCGAGUCAUUGGAGAAUGAAAACCUACAUUGAAAGAUCACGUUCAUCUUUGGCCAUCACCACAUGUUAAAUGGAUACCGAAUGGAGCGCAACAUGUAGCCGAUUUCCUGUGUGCACUGUAAAAUCAGAAGUCCCGCAGAGUGCUCCGGCGUUAUUAUCAACUGAGGACAGAGGCGCAGUUUUCUCAAGCUAAAUAUUGGAAGGGAACGAAAGACAUUGCUCUCGGGAUCAGUUUGUCAACUGCAAAGAAGAAACGAAUCUAGGCCUCUUUUGCAAAACUUGCAAAGGCUGUCCAUAUUUCCCAGUAAUUUUCUUAAAAAUCCCUGUUUUUUCCAACGUGGAUUGCUGGUCAGGCGUUAUCUCAGGUGGAGGGGCCACGAUUCAUGAUCAAACAGCAUCCCAUAUUCUUCACUUCUUUUGAGUUUUCACCAUGGAAACCCCAUGUGAACAUUGGUGACGACCUUGAUGCAAUGAAUAUGGAGAGAAUGGUGGCAAUUUAAACAAAGUUUUGUAUUCGAAAAGAAACAAAGCUAUAUUAUUUCCCCCACUUUAUUCUUAGUGAAUUUUCCAUGGGCUCCUUUUGCCUUAGGCCUAAAUUUAGAGAACAUUGGAUUGGUGAAUCAACUGACACUGUCAGAGGCGUGUAACUAACAAAUAUGUGAGCAAAGCUAUUCUAAAGUGCAGAUCCUGAUAAUCAAGACACUACGUGGGAUUUAAAGGACAUUCGUGACACCUCAGGGCAAAGGGUUCAGUUUACACACAGGAGAAGGGAAAGGGAACGGGAAAGGGAAAGGGAACCCGAUGAGAGAGCACGAUGUAGGCCUACGUUUGAACCUUACAAUAGUACCUUGAGGAGUUUUACACUUGCAGAACUACAAACAGAUUUCCACUUUUUUACGAAGAGGUCACAGGAAGAAUACAAAACGUAGUCAUUAUUCAUGAUGCCUCGCAACCGGGCCUUCUCUGAGCCGGAGUACUCAGCAGAGUAUUCGGCGGACUGCUCUGUGACCCUACCAUCGGACCCAGGCCAUGCCGUGGGGCGCUCGCACGAGGUAACGGUUCGCAGCCAAGGGUGCUGCCUCUGCCUCCCACGCUUCAUGCGGCUCACCUUUGCACCCGAGUCUCUGGAGAACCUCUAUCAGACCUAUUUCCGGCGGCAGCGACACGAAACCCUACUGGUUCUGGUUGUGUUUGCUGCCCUGUUUGACAGCUACAUCAUUGUCAUGUGCGCUGUGGUCUACACAGGCGAAAAGCUGGCCUCUGUGGUGGUGGCAUCACUGGGCCUGGCAUCAGACAUCCUACUCUAUGUGUUGUGCCGCUACGGCCUGCUACCCGACCGCAUCUCGAGACGUGUGGUGCCCUACGCCCUGUGGGUGCUCAUAGCGGCCCAAAUCUUCUGCUACCUGGGCCUGAACUAUGCCCGCUUCCACCAGGCCAGUGACACAGUGGGCUGGCAGGCAUUCUUUAGCUUCUCCUUCUUCCUGACACUGCCCUUGCGGCUCACGCCCAUUGUGCUGAUCACAUCUGUGUCGUGCGGGGUCCACACCCUAGUGCUGGGGGUCACCAUUGCUCAGCAGCAGCAGGAGGAUAUCCAGGGGGCUGCUCUCGGGAGACAGCUGCUGGCCAACAUAGUGAUCUACGUGUGUGCCAUCACUGUGGGCGUCAUGUCCUACUACAUGGCAGACCGGAAACACCGCAAGGCCUUCCUGGAAGCACGGCAGUCCCUGGAGGUCAAACUCAAUCUGGAGGAACAGAGCCAGCAACAGGAGCGUCUCUUGCUGUCCAUCCUGCCCAAGCAUAUAGCAGACGAGAUGUUACAGGACAUGAAGAAGAAAGAAGCCAGUCAGACUGGACAGAAGGAGAUGCAGCAGUUCAACACCAUGUACAUGUAUCGCCACGAAAACGUCAGUAUUUUGUUUGCCGACAUUGUGGGAUUCACUCAGCUGUCAUCAUCAUGCAGUGCCCAUGAGCUGGUCAAGCUCCUCAAUGAACUGUUUGCCCGCUUUGACAAGCUGGCUGCCAAAUACCACCAGUUGAGAAUAAAGAUCCUGGGAGACUGUUACUACUGCAUCUGUGGCCUGCCAGACUACAGAGAGGACCACGCUGCCUGCUCCAUCAUGAUGGGCCUGGCCAUGGUGGAGGCCAUUUCGUAUGUUCGUGAGAAGACCGGGACAGAUGUGGACAUGCGUGUGGGGGUACACACUGGCACUGUCCUGGGGGGCGUACUGGGACAGAAGCGGUGGCAGUAUGACGUCUGGUCCACUGACGUCACCGUGGCCAAUAAGAUGGAGGCGGGGGGAAUACCGGGGCGUGUGCACAUCUCCCAAGCCACCAUGGAGUGUCUGCACGGGGAGUUUGAUAUGGAGCCGGGGAACGGGGGGGACCGCUGUGAGUACCUGAAGGAGAGGGGCAUCGACUCCUACCUGGUGGUGGUGCCCAAAGGCCCCCUGGGAAAGAACGGCAUCAACGGGGUGAAGUUGUCUGUGAUGUCAUCCAAUGGGAACUCUCCAUUGUUGAUCAACACCACUGAGUGUAAUGGGAGUGUCCACACAGCCUGCACCACACCAGACGAGCCAGAGGAGCUGGACACACGGGUGGUGAACCCUUCGUUCCCCAACCCUCGGCGGAGGCUGAGGCUGCGGGACCUGGCCGAGAGGGUGAUUGAUGCGCAAGAGAACGAACAGGAGCUCAACAAACUGCUCAAUGAGGCACUGCUGGAGAGAGAGACCGUACAAGCUUUGAAGGGGAAACGCACCAACCGUCUGUCCCUGCGCUUUGUGGACCCUGAGCUGGAGACCCGCUACUCUGUAGAAAAGGAGAAGCAGAGCGGAGCUGCCUUCAGCUGUUCCUGUGUAGUGCUCUUGUUCACUGCAGCCAUGGAGGUCCUCAUAGACCCUCGAAUGAUAGCAAACUACGUGACCCUAGCUGUGGGAGAGGUCCUGCUACUCGUCCUAACUGUCUGCUCUCUGGCGGCCAUCUUCCCUCGAAUAUUCCCUAAGAGGCUGGUGUCUUUCUCCACAUGGAUCGACCACACCCGCUGGGCACGGAACACAUGGGCCAUGGCAGCAAUCUUCAUCCUCACCAUGGCCGACAUUGUGGACAUGCUGAGCUGUCCCCGUCCCUCGGGAAACACCACAAUUGCACCUCCUUCCUCUGUUGUCCAAUCCGGGGCAGAGGGCUGUCUGGACAACCCCAAGUACUACAGCUACAUCGCUGUGCUGGCACUCAUGGCGACCACCAUGCUGGUGCAGGUCAGCCACAUGGUCAAGGUCACACUCAUGCUCCUCAUCACCAUAGCGACGGGCAUUGUCAACAUCUACAGCUGGAGGGACAUAUUUGACCGCUACGAUAUGGCCCGCUUCCAGGACUACAGGUCUUACCUGGUUCCCUCCAAAUAUGCCAUGACUGUGAUGAUCUUCAUCAUGAUGAUCAGUUUCUACUACUUUUCUCGACAUGUGGAGAAGCUAGCCCGUACUCUGUUCUUGUGGAAGAUUGAGGUCCAUGAGCAGAAGGAGAAGGUGUAUGAGAUGAGGCGCUGGAACGAGGCGCUGGUCACUAACAUGCUGCCAGAGCACGUAGCACGCCACUUCCUGGGCUCCAAGAAAAGGGACGAGGAGCUGUACAGCCAGUCAUAUGAUGAGAUUGGGGUGAUGUUCGCCUCCAUCCCCAACUUCUCGGACUUCUACACAGAGGAGAGCAUCAACAACGGGGGGAUUGAGUGUCUCAGGUUCCUAAACGAAAUCAUCUCCGAUUUUGACAGUCUCCUGGACGAGUCUCAGUUCCGCUGCAUCACCAAAAUCAAAACCAUUGGCAGCACCUACAUGGCAGCAUCAGGUGUCACUCCCAACGUCAGCAACGGCUACGCCUGUCUGAAGAAAGAGGAGCUGACUGACAGAGAGCGCUGGCAGCAUUUGGCAGAUCUGGCUGACUUUGCUCUGGCCAUGAAGGUCACGCUCAUGAACAUCAACUACCAGUCCUUCAACAACUUUAUGCUACGCAUAGGUUUGAAUAAAGGGGGGGUGCUGGCAGGAGUGAUUGGCGCCCGGAAGCCUCACUAUGACAUCUGGGGCAACACUGUGAAUGUGGCCAGUCGCAUGGAGUCCACAGGGGUCAUGGGUAACAUCCAGGUGGUGGAAGAUUGCUACCACAUCUUGAAGGAGUACGGAUUCCGUUUUGUGAGGAGGGGACCCAUCUUUGUGAAGGGGAAAGGAGAGCUGCUUACCUACUUUCUGAAGGGUAGAGAAAAACAGGGAUCCUUCAUCAACGGCUCCUCGGUCACCCUGCCACACCAAGUGGUGGACAACUCCUGACCUGCGUGUCAACGCUCACAGAAACACAAACGCACACACAUAAUCAAAAAUAUACAUUCUAAUGUAUAAGUGAGAUCUGAAAUAAUGCUUAUACCAACACUCCAUCUUUCAGAAUUGCAAAGAAUGUAAGAGGAUAUGUACAUCUUGCAAAGAGAGAAGAUUUGUCCCGCCUCCCCCACCCUGCCUGUUCAAAUACUUUUUUUGCAAA